UUUGCAGGUUUGUUGGUCGGGUGAGCAGAAAUGACCAAUAAAUAUAACUUGAAGUGGAACUCCCAUCAUGUGGAAACUUUCCAGGGCUUCGACGCCCUUCGUCACAGGGAAGUGCUGGUGGAUGUGGCUCUCUCGUGCGAUGGCCAAUCUGUGAAGGCUCAUAAGUUGAUUCUGUGCGCUGGAAGCGGAUAUUUCGAGAGGAUCUUCAGCAGGGAGGUUCAUGGGAAUGGAACUCCCACUAUCCAUUUUUAUGGUGUUGACAUGCACCUCCUCAAGUUCCUCAUCGAGUUUAUGUACUGUGGGGAAGUGGACAUCCCAUCUGCAGAUCUGGAAAAGUUCAUCGCACUUGCGGAGAACUUGGAAGUGAAAGGACUGAAAGGGGACAGGCCGAAAGGAACCGGUAGCUCGGGUCACGGAACUGCAAUCCCUGUGCAAGAUAUUCAAGAUGCGCUUGCCCAUAAGAGGAAAAUUGAAAACUCAGACCACAUUGAGUCCACAAAGACCAAAUUGUCACGAUCUCAACUUCCAGUCUCCCCUGGAAUAAACAAUAUCUCUGCCCCCGUUCGUUCCAAGGUAGCAAUGCCAAUGCCUUUGCCACUGCAAGGACCAUCAUGCAAAGUAGAGUCAAACUCUAGUGCAUCUGAAGAAGUCCAGGUAAAAGAGGAAUCUUCUGAGGAGGUUAUCACAAUUGACUCAAGUGCUCCAUCAGCAGAGGAACCAGAACACGAAUGGGAGGAGGAUCUGUCCGAGACUGCGUAUUACUCGGAGGAGAUGGAAGAAGAGCCUGAAGCCCCUGCAAGCAUACCUUCAGAUGUUGACCCACAGAGUGUGUGUUGGAUAGAGAAGUCAGUGUGGUGUGGAGUCACAGCUCUCCAGUCCCGGUUGUUCUUUUGUGGAGUGUGCCCAUACAAGAGCAGUCGAAAGGAUCUCGUCUCGAGACAUGGGGGAACUCACACCAGGCCUUUCCAGUGCACCGUCUGCUUGAAGGCCUAUACCCGGAAGGAGUAUCUCCAAGACCACCUUCUCAAACGACAUAGUCAAAGUCAAGAUUCUUAAGGAAUCUCUAUGUUGAUUUCUUUCCUGUUAACUUUCAGCUGUUUUAUUCAAGAAUACACUUGCAUUUCUUUCUGAAGCC